GCGUUCCGUUGCCGGCGCUCCGCUGCUGUUGCUUCAGCCUCGGGCGCUGAGCACCACGGCCCGGGUGCAGGAUGGAGGCAAAGGCGGCCUCCACGCCGGCUACUGGCGGCGCCGGGUGCUCGGUGACGGCGGAGGAAACCGAAAAGUGGAUGGAGGAAGCGAUGCAAAUGGCCAAAGAAGCCCUAGAAAAUACUGAAGUUCCCGUUGGCUGUCUCAUGGUCUACAACAAUGAAGUUGUGGGGAAGGGACGAAAUGAAGUUAAUCAAACCAAAAACGCUACUCGACAUGCAGAAAUGGUGGCCAUCGAUCAGGCCCUGGACUGGUGCCACCAAAGUGGCAAGAGUCCUUCUGAAGUAUUUGAACACACCGUGCUGUAUGUCACUGUGGAGCCGUGUAUUAUGUGUGCAGCUGCUCUCCGCCUGAUGAAAAUUCCGCUGGUGGUAUAUGGCUGUCAGAACGAACGAUUUGGUGGUUGUGGCUCCGUUCUAAAUAUUGCCUCUGCUGAUUUACCAAAUACUGGGAGACCAUUUCAGUGCAUUCCUGGAUAUCGGGCCGAGGAAGCAGUGGAAAUGUUGAAGGCCUUCUACAAACAGGAAAAUCCAAAUGCACCAAAAUCAAAAGUUCGGAAAAAGGAAUGUCAGAAACCUUGAACUUGUUCUGAGGGAAGGCUGAUGCCCCUUGACGACAUUCUUGGACUGAAAGUUGUUGACAUCAUUGAAUCAUACGUUCAUAUGUGCCCUCAACCCCUGGGAAAAUUAUCUCCUAUUAUUUGCUGUGUUCAGGGAACAAAUUAGCACUUUUUAAAAGUCUGACAGUUGUAGACAAUGGUUAGCUUUUCCAUAAGCUUAAAGAACAUUGUAAGAAGGGGAUAAAAAUAAAGAUUGAAAUUUUAGAAAUUAGUAAGCAGUGCAUGCUCUUCCUGCCAAAAUCAUUGUGCCUGGGCCAGGAAAGUCCUGAGUUUCAGUGAAUGUGUAUCCAGACCCAGUUACCUGGCAUGUGUCCGGACUGGAGUGUGCCACACUGUGGACACCUGCUUUCGGCCUGGCUUUUCAGAAUCGGGUCCUUCAUUCUUUGCAGCCACUGUGUCCUCCCAGGGUGUUGAGGGCCCGUGACUCUCUACACUUGAUCUUAGCCAAAAGGCCAAGAAGCGAUAAGGCCCAUGACUUUCUUGGAAUUUGUCUAUGAGUUGUAUACAUAUAGAUUAUGAUUGUGUGUGCCUCAGAACUGAUUUCUUUUUGCUUUUAUAAAGCAGUUCGAGAUAAUGCAUAGUUUUAAAAACAAGUACAUGUCAUUUUUAAAUUAUAGCAUAUUGCUAUAAUAAAACCUUACUUACGCCUUCUUUGAAGAUGAAGAUGAAUAUUUUCUUAAAAGAUAAAAGCAGAAAUGAGACAAUUCCUUCUUUAUUAGCAAGCAGCUACACUAUGCCAAGCUCCAUUUGUUCAUCAAAUCAGUGAGCAAAACGAUGAAUCCUGCCCUCAUGGAGCUGAUAUUCUAGCAGGGGGAGACAGAUAAUACUCCUGAUAGAUUAUAUAGUACGUUAGAGGGUCUUAAGGGUCAUGGCAACAAGAAGAGAACAGGGGAUGGGUGUGCCAUUUGGUGUUGGGACUGCUGGUUGCAUGAUUAAAUAGAAUGGCUUUAUUUACUCUGAAAUCGAAUUGUUAUUUCUUUUUAUAAAAGUCCAGACUUAGAAUUUAAAACCUAAAAUUGAAAAAUGGGCACACAACCCUGGGAAGGGUCUCCCCAGCCGGAAGUCCCAGACACUCAAUACUUUCUGACCGCACUAAGGGUUGGCACCCAUGGAAAAACAGCUCUGUAGAACCACACUGGGGUGCUCUGCGUCUGCCCAGAAGGGGGCCUCACCGUUCCACCAGAAGCCCAGCUCCAGGCUCCUGUUGCAUUUCUUCAGUGGAUUCAUUUCCUUGAUGCAAAGCAUCUGUAUUUGUUGGUUCUGCCAUUUGAGCGAUGUCUGACUUGUUUGUUUUGAAUUACAUUACAGGCUGGAAUGUAAUUGUGGUGAAAGUAUUUUUAUAUUGCUGAGAGUAGCAGCUAAUCACAGUUACAUGCUUCAGAAGAUUUAUAAUUGUUUGGUUUUGUACGUGUGUGUUUUUAACUGCAUUUGAGAAAUUUGAUGGAGAAGACCAUGCAUGAUUUUUAAAUUUAUAAUAAUGUUACGUGUAACUUCUCUUCAAUUUCACCUACUUUAAAAAUUAUCUUCUCAUUAAACUUUAGUGCUUUGACUAGUU